AUGGGGUUGUGCGGCUCCGUUGGCAAUGGUUUACCUCAACCAGGGAGAGCCCCUCUGGGGGCGGGCGUCCCACCCUACGGUAGGCCCGAUAGGCGCCGCUGGAGGCAGCCGGGGUUCGACAUGCCCUUUGCCGGCUACGAUCCCGACACCGCUUUGUAUUCCACGGGUAGCCGCGCCAAAGCUGUCCCCAGGCGGUCAGUCUCAAUAGCGGUGUUGCAAAAGGUCAUAGCUGAUCGGGAGAGCCAGAAAAAUGGCGGCAAUGACGAUCCCUUCUCGCUAAGCUACUCCUCAAAGCCCCCAGCACAGGACAAGAAGCGGGCGAGUGUUGCGGCGCGGACACGGCGAAUGAGCGGCAUCAUGAAUGAGUUUAGCUCACAAAUGGACAAUCUCUUGUCGCGAGUAGAGGAUGAAGAUGUGGAGACGUACCUGCGGCGUGCCUUUUCACUACUAGACGUUCAUUGUACAGAAAUGGUUUCCCAGGAAGACCUAUUGAAAGGGCUGGGAAAACUUCGUUCUGAAGAGUCCAUACGCACUAUGUUUGCAGCAGCGGAUGGAAACAAGGAUGGAUACCUGGAUUGGGAGGAGUUUUCAAAGUUCUUCCGGUACCUGAAGGGAAGUGACUGUGUACUUGCCGAUAGCGCAGAUCUGGACUCCGCACUCGAGAAAUACAUGACGAAUACAUCUCCCCAACCGAGCCCUUCUCGUCACCGUCUAUAUGAUGUCAAGGUUGUAAAUUUGCCGAGCCAAUCUGGCCGUAUCAAAUGUGUUGCGAUGUCACUAGAUCUUGAUCUCUAUGCUGUGACUCAUCGAAAUGAUUGCACCGUUCAUCUGUAUACAUCGGCGGGUGUGGAGGUGCGCCAAUUGACGGGGCAUUCAGAUUCUCUUCUAGGUAUUGCUUUUUCGCCGGACAAGAAGUAUAUCGCCACAGCAUCGCGCGAUUGGACAAUGAUACUGUGGGACUCAACCGCUGGCCAGCUGGUUCAAUGCGUCCAGCAUGAGGGUGUGGUGACGGCCGUGGCCUUCUCGUAUAAUGGAAAGCUGCUGUACACGGGUUGCCAGGACAACAGAAUACGCAAGCUUACUGUCCCGAAAGGCAGGAUGAGGGCCGUUCUCAAGGAUUUACCAAAUAGACAGAGUGGUGUUAUUGUGUCAUUAGCCUCACAGCACACCAAAAAUGAGUGGGUGGUGCUUUCUCGAAGCUGUGACAAGAAUGCUUAUGUAGUGGACGCGCAGCAGCUCUCCACAUUCAGGCUGUUGGGCGGGCAUGAUGGUAUUGUAUGGCACACACGGUACAAUCCUGAUGACACCUUCAUCUUAACGUGCUGCGAAAAGAAGUUGAAUGUUUGGAAUGCCGAAUCGUUCACCAUUUUUUCCGCUUUCGAUAGCAAAUCAUUAUGCGCUGGAGUAGGCGGUGCUCUUUGCACGGCAGCUGUGUAUUUUCCCGUGGAGUUUGACAAUUUGCUCAUGGUUUUCACCUCGCGCAGACAGUUUUACGUCCUUAACGUAGACACAAGAGAGAUUCUCUUGGAUUUCACCCUGCGGGCUCCGGUGUACGCAGCGGCGUGUGACUUCUCUGGGUAUGGACUUGUCUGUGGUGACGACUAUGGAAACGUUUAUAACAUAAAAGUGGUGUAG